AUGGAUCCCGGCAUUCCCUCCGAUCCCCCGUCCCGCUCUUUGGCGGGGAAGGUUGCUAUUGUCACAGGCGCAGGCUGCCUGGGUGAUGGUAUUGGAAACGGACGAGCAAUCUCGAUUCUACUUGCUGACGAUGGCUGCGACGUGAUAUGCGCCGACCUGAACUUGCAAUGGGCGACCAAAACAGUUGAGCUUGUGUCUUCAAGGCCACAUCGGGGUCGAGCACUUGCGUUUCGCGCAGAUGUCACGGUAGAGGAAGAUUGUCAAGCAGCAGUACGCUAUGCUAUUGAUACUUUUGGUCGGUUGGAUAUCCUGAUUAACAACGUUGGCAUUGGAGGUGCAGCUGGCACUGCGGUGGACGUUGAUAUGGCACAGUGGGCAAAGAGUAUGGAGACCAACGUUGCGAGCAUGGUGCAAAUGGCGAAGUAUGCCAUACCAGAGAUGAUUAAAAACGAUGGCGAGAUCAAAGGAAGUAUCGUGAACAUGGGAAGCGUUGCUGGGCUUAAGGGGGGAACGCCUCACCUGCUAUAUCCCACUGCUAAAGGUGCCAUCGUCAACAUGACCCGUGCCAUGGCUGCACACCACUCCCCAGAUGGGAUUCGGGUGAAUUGUGUGUGCCCCGGGAUGCUUUAUACACCCAUGAUGUAUGGGAACGGCAUGAGCGAAGAGGCCAGAGAAGCCCGUCAGAAGCGAAGUCUCCUGGGAACCGAAGGAAAUGGUUGGGACUGCGCAGGGGCUGUAGUCUUCCUUGCUGGGCCUCAUGCUCGGUGGAUGACUGGUGUGAUUCUCCCGGUGGAUGCAGGAACAACAGCCGCAGUGGGAAUUGGCAUGACAAAAACUGCCAGCAUUAACGCAUAA